AUGGUCCGUGAAGAGGCUCUCGGGGGGAAACUGAAGCAACUCUGGGGGGAUGUCGAUGUCAUUGGUAUUGGUUCAGGAUUCUUUCUAGCAAAAUGCGGCAAUCAAAAGGCCUACGAUCUGGCGCUAAUAGGAGGACCCUGGCUCAUAUACGACCACUAUAUAAGUGUGCAGCCAUGGAAGGAGGAUUUUGACCUUGAUGAGGAGGAAGUUACGUCCAUUGCGGCCUGGAUUAGAAUCGCGAAGUUACCGAUGGAUUAUUAUGAUGAAGGCAUCAUACAUGUUAUAGGAAAUCAAAUAGGAUAUGUGCUGAAAAUUGAUAAGAUUACGACAAGUGGAGCCAAGGGACGAUUUGCCAGAGUCUGUGUCUACUUAGAUCUGAAACAGCCACUGCAACCAGUGAUCUUGGUGAAUGUGAAAGAGAAGAAGGUGGAGUAUGAGUGGCUGCACCGGAUCUGUUUUAAUUGUGGUAAGUAUGGUCAUGACACUGAUUAUUGUUCGGAAGGGAGGAAGAGAGGCAAGAAAGGGGGCAAAGGCAUGGAGAGAGGGGUGCAACUUGAAAGUUCUCUGUCAGUUCCUGGCGAACCUACCUACGGAGGCUGGAUGGUGGUGCAGCAGUCGUGGAAGGGGAAGAGGGUGCCUAGCCCAGAAGGGAAGGGGAGAGAAUCACGCAAUCAUAGCAACGAGAAUCAUGGGUAG